AUGGGCUGGUCGGGCGAUGGCCUGACAGGUGGCACCAAGGAUGAUGGGGUUUGCUGGAGCGAUGGGGAUUUCCAGAGCUAUGCCCGUUGCUGCUUUAGCAGGCUGCGAGAGCUUGCACAGGCCCCGGCACCUUUGUGGAUGCGCCGAGAGAUCUCCAACGACGGCGCAGGGAUGCGCAGGGAGAGCAUGGAUCAGGUGGAGGAGCGCUUGGGACACAUCUACUGCCGCUUCAGGAUCAUCCAAGGCCAGCUGCACACUUGUGAUCCUCAGCGAAUAGAGGUGCUGAAAGACGGAGAUGCCAGCGGCGAACCUUGGGGACAAUACCAGGCCCUCUCCCGUGCCACGCGUCUCUUCAUGGCUUUGGAUCUGCUGGCGGACUUGGACAUCUUCGUGUCACCCAAUAUCUAUGACCACGAGUCUCCCCCGGUACCGGUGCUGACCAAAGCGCGCGCGGUCUUCGCGCAGAAUCUCUUCCGAGUGCCAUCCUACGAGUUGAUUGGCCCCUUACUGGAUCGGAUUCGUUGGGACUUGGAUGGAGCCAAUGGAGCCAUCCUGUGGGACGACAAGGAGCCGCGGCUCUUCUGGCGCGGUGGCAUGCGCAGUUUCAAUCGCUGCAGCUGUGAUCCAAGGCAGGCGCAGUGGCCGCAACUCUGGCGCAACUUCUCGGGGCUGCUUGAGAAUGAAGGGGUUGGGCCCUGCGGAUGCACGCGGCUCAUUACCAACGUGAGCAGCUUCGAGCUCUGCAACCGCGCGCGGCUCUGCGAGAUCGGACGCAAACAUCCGCAUUUGGUGGACGCCAAGUUGGCGUACAUCCCAGAGUCUUAUGACUCGAUUCGUGGCAUGGCGGAAGAAAGGGGCUAUGUGGCGGACUACACGCAGCCUAGCGACCAGCUGCGCUACAAAUACCUCAUCUCCACAGAUGGGUCCACCAUCGAUGACACGAGGAUCUAUUGGAUGCUGUCCUCUGGGUCCUUAGUCUUCAAGCAAAUCACGCCCUUGCUGCCUUUCGGUCUUCCAGCUUUGCAGCCCUGGAAACAUUUCGUGCCGGUGAAGGAAGAUUUCAGUGACCUGGUUGAGAAAGUGGAAUGGGCCCGUGCCAACAAUGAUGCCUGCAGGGCCAUGGCGGCGAGGGCAUCACACUUCGCCCGUCGCUUCUUUACGGAGGAAGAGAUUCUGCACUAUGUCUACAGGGUGCUUCGACACGUGGACACGGGCUGA